AUGUACCCUUUGUACUCUGAUGAAGCUGAAGAUGAUGAAGACAUGAGGCGGGACUGCUCAGAGCGUUUCACGCCUGGAGCAGGAACGCAGCAAGAGCGGCAUUGGAGACAAACCGUCAUUGUCAGAGCAAGAGCAUUGUCCCAAAACAGGUUCUUGCACCCAGUGUGCAAAAGGCUGAUCACACACAGUGUGGAGGAGCAGCUGGGAGCAAGAGCAGCAGAAGUGCAGUGGGAGCCCGAGUUGGCAGAGCUGUGGGACAGAGCGCAAUCCACCAUGUACUGGUGGAACAGGGCCUCAAACACCACCAGGAUGCACAUUGAGCUGAACAAGAGCUCCCAGGAGUGCCAGCCAAAUGAAGUGCAUGCAUUUAACUUCCCUUUGUCAAAUGCUGGCAAAGAUAAUCCUCAGGGAAGCUUUGACUGUGUCCAGCAAACAGGCUCAACUUACGGAGCGUUGCAAUUCAAACUCCCGACUCAGGCAGAAAAGGCAUCACGAAAUCAAGGUGCAGAGGUUACUGAUGGACCUGAUGGGCCAUUUUCAGGUUUGCAGUUGAACACCAGAAAGGCAGAGUCCAGGGAGCAGCCAGCGUGGAAAGGUAUUAAAGGUUUGCCCUCCAUUACAAAAUUGAAGCACUUCAUAGGAACAGAAAGAAAAACAGAGAUCAGAAGAGUCCCACAAAGCACUCCAGAUCCCGUGCCUGAGAGGAAAAGAACAACACCCAUGAACCCUGCAAACAUCUUCCAGAGAAUUUCCAGUGGAGUUUCUGACCAACCAUUCAAGGACAGGGUAAUUCACUUGUUGGCUCUGAAGAAUUACAAGAAGCCAGAGUUACUUAAUCACUUGCAGAGAGAUGGAAUAAUGCAAAAGGACAGGGAUUCCCUUGAAAUGAUCCUUCAGCAGGUAGCCAACCUGAAUGCAAAGGAUAAUUCCUUCAGUCUGAAGGAACAUUUAUUUAAAGACAUUCAGAAAGACUGGCCUGGCUACACUGAAGUAGACAGACAGGUUUUGGAGAUAAGACUUUCUAGAAAAUCAGCUUCCUCUCAAAAUGCCACCAGCACCAGCCAUUUGACACCUCGGGGACCUUCUGAUACAGAUGCUCCAUCAAGAACUUCUGAGAAACGGCCUCUGGAUUCCAAUUUCACCUUCCCUGUGGUGAGCAAAAAGCAGAGGAUUGGUCGCCUGGCCAGUCGAGUCCAGCCAGCAGCCGGUGGCCUCAGUCCUGCUUCCUCAACACUGCCUCCCACAGACCUUCCAAUUUCUAACACAUCUGAAACUGUCAGCUCCAUUUUCCUCUGCACCUCUGAGGUGCAACAAAAGGAUAUGCCUCAGACUCCUUUUGGAAUCCCAGCACCUGCCCUGAUGCAGGGGGAGUCUCUCAAGCCUAGGGAGAAGAAAGAAGACAGAAAGAGGCUGAAAACAUCUCAGCCUUUGGAUUUCGCUGAAGGAGUUAAAGAAACUUGCACUGCCUCCACAGACACUGCGUCAUCAAGGGAACAACCAGGUGACUCCAUCUGUGGAGCCUUGCAACUCAAUGACCCAGAUUCUGUCCAGGAUAAAGUUACAGUAGGCGGAACAAGCAAUAACGAUGAGAUGACCAGAGAGCGCCUGACCCAGGCAGAAAAGGAGACAUGCGGUCAAAAUACAAAGGUCAUUAAACCUCAUGGACGACUUUUAGGAAGAAAAGCAGAGGUCAGAAGAGUCCCACAAAGCACUCCAGAUGCUGUGCCUGAGAGAAAAGGAACAACACCCAUGAACCCUGAAAAUGUCCACUGCAGUCGUUGCAAUGCUGUGUAUCGCAGACCAUUCAGGGAAAGGGUGAUUCACUUGCUGGCUCUGAGGAAUUACAAGAAGCCAGAGUUACUUAAUCACUUGCAGAGAGAUGGAAUAAUGCAAAAGGACAGGGGUACCCUUGGAAAGAUCCUUCAGCAGGUAGCCAACCUGAAUGCAAAGGAUAAUUCCUUCAGUCUGAAGGAACAUUUAUUUAAAGACAUUCAGAAAGACUGGCCUGGCUACACUGAAGUAGACAGACAGGUUUUGGAGAUAAGACUUUCUAGAAAAUCAGCUUCCUCUCAAAAUGCCACCAGCACCAGCCAUUUGACACCUCGGGGACCUUCUGAUACAGAUGCUCCAUCAAGAACUUCUGAGAAACGGCCUCUGGAUUCCAAUUUCACCUUCCCUGUGGUGAGCAAAAAGCAGAGGAUUGGUCGCCUGGCCAGUCGAGUCCAGCCAGCAGCCGGUGGCCUCAGUCCUGCUUCCUCAACACUGCCUCCCACAGACCUUCCGACUUCUAACACAUCUGAAACUGUCAGCUCCAUUUUCCUCUGCACCUCUGAGGUGCAACAAAAGGAUAUGCCUCAGAAUCCUUUUGAAACUCCAGUGCAUGGGAUUGAAGAAACUUUCACUGUCUCCGCAGACCCUGUGUCAUCAAGGGAACAACCAGACUACUUCAUAAAAUACACAGCUAUAGUGUCCUAUGAACAACGCCAGAGCUACAAGGAUGACUUCAGUGCAGAGUAUGGCGAAUACCAGAAUUUGUUGGCUCAGAUAGACAACAUUGCCAAGAAAUUCGGGAAGUUUAAUGAACAACAGAAGUUUGUGACUCAGGGGUCCACAGAAUAUCAGAUGCUUUGUUGUCAAGUCCUGACAGAGCAUCAGAAGAUACAACAGUUUAGCCCCACCUACUCUGAAUUGAAGAAGAAAUGUCAGUACCUACACAACAAGCUGUCUCACAUUAAGAGACUAAUCCAAGAAUUUGACAAACAGCAAGAGGAGUCCUGUAACCAGUCGUCUGCUUUGGCCAGGACACAUCUAUGAGCUGUGGCAUAUUUAUUUAGUUCCCCUAGGAUUCUUUAUCUUAAUAUUGAACAUUAGCUUGUUUGUUUAAAACUGAAGAUUAGCUUCUAUAGGAUUAUAUAAGUUAGUAUUGAGCAGUAGGUUGUUUAUUUAAAAAACAAUAUCCAGUUCCUUUAAUAGUAUGUAAGAUAGUAUUUCACAUUUUCAUUAAAGAAGUUUCAGUAUUGUUAACUCCUUGUGGUGGUGGUGUUGCUUAUAUCAUAUUUGAAGCUGCUUUUUUCUGGUCCAUCCUUUUUUUCAAGACUCAGGCUGUCAUUGAAAGCAUUUUUUCCUUAGAUGGUCGAGAUCCAGUACCUCUGCUAAAAAGUUUUCCAUAAUUUAGUAAAAUAUUGUAGCAAAUUGUAAUACUUUAGAAUAAGUACAAGCCUGUUUUCUGACCUUUCCGGUUAAUGCAAACUCUUGGCCUUAUGUGGUAGAAAUUUGGGCAAACUCCCCAAAAAUCACCGUGUUAUGAAGGGUUAAAGAGACGUCAUUUGGGCUGCUCUGCACUGUCAGUUGAAGCAGCUCACAAGUCUGCUUUAAAGUCUUGGGUUCCCCUUGUCAGUGAGCCAAGUAAUAUCCAGAUCCUUUGGAAGUGAUUUGUAAAACACAGACACGUGUUGAGGCAAAGCACUUCAACAGGUCUUAUACACAAGUUGGGUUAAAGUGUCACAGUAGAAACUUUACCCAUUUGUUAGCUUUGUUAAAAAUAGUCUGUCACAACCAGUCUUUCUAGAGCCACAAAUGUUGAUUCCUGCACAGAUCUAGGGUGACUCUGAAGUCUAAUUCUUUCCCUGAGUUUACUACCAUUUAUUUCUUUAACUCAUGGGGGAGAGGUGUGUCCUAAGCUUCUUUUGGGGAAGGAUAUGAAAUUGACUGAGGGAGGACAGUAAUUGGGAACAUUAAAACAGGGCUGUGGAUCCACCUUUCUUCCUUGGAGAGUAGUUUAAAAACAACUUCCUCAAUUGUCUCCCUGCAAACUGUGUUGAGCCCCUGUAUGUGACACUUCCUGGGGUGUUUUGUGAUUGAACACCUGAGCCAUUGUUGCCCUUCUGUUCUCCAUCAACUGAAGUCCAAUAAAACGUUAACUCUUAAA